AUGCCGAAUAAAUCUGCGGAAGUCGUGAGCCCCCAGGUUGGUGAAGAUUUGGAGGAGGUACCGAGGUAUACGGGGUCACCAUGGCGUUUGUUCCUCUCUGAUGUCCAGCUUUUCUUUCGCAAUAUACUGUACCUCCCCUGCAUAUUCCUACCCGUCGCACCAUGGCCGUCUGGCCCUUUGGAUGAGUUAUAUCCUUCGCUGGCUAAUGUUUUGGACAUUAUUCUGCACUUCAUUCUGUUUUUUGUGCAGCUGGGAUUCCUGAUCUCACUACCUUUUUUGAUUUAUAUCCCGUUUUCACUGUUUGUGUCGUAUGUCGUUGGUGUUAUUUUUCUGAACCUGUUGGUAUGUGAGCUCCUCAAUCGAGGAAUUCCGAAAGAUGGUCUCAAGUCAACCGAAGACGACCACUCACGAAGCUGGAGACAACAUGAUGACGAGUAUUGGAUUUUCUUGAAUGGAAUCUGUGUCGGAAAGAACUGGCUGCAAAACAAUGUUGACCGUCUUUCCCGCACGUUUCAUCGUCCAAUCAUUGGCGUUCACAAUAGAACAUCCGGGGUGGUAUUCGACAUCAUUCAAUGCCUCAUUCAAAGAUCCCUGCUUUUUGCUACAUCCGAUGUCAGAGAGUGCUAUAUUUUGGUAAAGAAGGCACUAUAUAGAAAGGGAGUGAAGAAGGUAAUACUCAUACUGCACUCCCAAGGUGGAAUUGAGGGCGGCAUGAUUGUGGACUGGCUUCUCAAUGAGGUACCCCAAGACCUUUUGCAAUAUCUCGAGGUCUAUACAUUCGGAAAUAUCGCGAACCAUUUCAACAACCCCUAUCGUGAUGCCAUAUCCCACGCGUCCGCCUCUGGUUCUCUGCAAAAUGGAGAGUCUUCCAGCAGACCUCACAAUCGUGCUAUAUCGCAUGUGGAACACUAUGCGAACAGUUACGAUUUCGCCUGUAGAUUUGGUGUACUCCACUUCACUAAGCAAGUCCCCAAGGAUCAUCUCGAGAACCGAUUUAUGGGCAAAGUGUUUGUUAAUCCAAGAGCUGGACACCAGUUGAAUCAACACUACUUGGAUAGCAUGUUCCCCCUGGACCCAACAAACCGAUUUACAAGAGAUCCCAAAGAGGACGACUUCAUGAAUUUGAAUGUCACCAUACAUUCGCCACAAGAAAAGCAGAAGAAGUCACAUGGUGUACGUCCGGAAAUUGCCGUUGAAAGGCAUGAUCCUACGGGGGCCUGUGAUCUUUCUCGGGAGGCUCCAAACGGAGCGAGGCCGACAUCGAAAGUGAAGAUCCGAGAUCUCAGCAGAUUGUGGCUGUAUUGCAACGGCGGUCGUCCGGCCUAA